AUGGCAUUAAUUAAACCCAUUGCACCCCUGGGCACAGUUAAGAUGGCGUCAAGAAAAAACCUUUCAGAAAAUGAAAUUCAAAACCUCCUUCUGGAGGUUCGUGAUAAAGAUGAAGUGUUUCUUGGGGAUGAAUUAGAAGAUGAACUGGAUGAAAUUAUUCCCGAUUUUCGCGAUGAACAGGUUCCUGUCGAAGAGGAUGGCUCUAACCAUGAAACAGAUCUUGAAAGUUCGGAAGAAGAAAUUGAAGAGGAUAUUGUCCAGCGCAAGCAGUAUAAGUCAGACAGGCCAAUAGCAUUUCAAAGUGAUGAUGAUGAUGAUAAUUCUGUUCCUACAAGUAUUCGACCUUCUUUUGUCCGAGAUGUAACAGUAACCGAAUUAAAAGCUCUCUUUGGCUUAUACUAUUUAGCUGGAGGUUUAAAAAUUAAUCACUUGUCUGUCAAAGAAAUAUUUGAUAAAAUACGGGCAUCAACUAUUUUCGGUCUACACCAUUGGCACCAAUAA